AUGAAACUUGAUCUUGAUAUUUAUCAAUGGCUUGUCAAAAUAAAUGUUAUAUAAGAAUUACCUAUUAACAAUUUAUUUGCUCAUGUUGAUUAAGCUUUGGAAGAACAAUUCUUGAAUGGAAUAAUAGUUAGUCAGAUUCUUAAAUAAUUUGAUUAAAAGAUUGAUGUAGAUGUCAAAAAAGGUAAUAGCAAUGGAAUACGAUUAUACAAUUGGAAUAAUGUAUGUAAGAGUUUACAAUAGAUUAACAUAACACUAGAUGAUGAUAUCAAAAGUACAUAAUUUCCAUAUAUGUAGUUUCAAUUGUUAAAGGAGAUACUUAGAUGUUGAUGUAAUUUUUGAAAGAAUUAAAAUAACAUUAUGAAAUGGCAUUCUAUGUAGAAGAAUAAGUAAGUACAACAACUAGAUUUGAUUCAUAAUAAAAUGAGCCUUAAGAAAUAGGUAUUGAUGAAAUUGAUCCUGAAAAGCCGCUUAAUCAAACAUAAUCACUUUUAGAAUUCAUCAUAGUUUCUCUUUGCAAACAUUUUACAUUAAAACCUAAGUAAGCAGUAGCCUUACUUAAUUAAAAUUAUAAAUAAUUAUCAAACAUCUUGAUUAAAGGCAACAAAAGUUUCAAGAGUGUCACAAAUUGGUUGAUGGAAUUGUCUAAAUACAUAAAUCAUAUUAUUAAAUUUGUAACUUACAAAAUAGAUAUAUUGUUAUCUCUUCUUAAAGCUGGUUUGGUUUCAUAAAGUUCAGAUGUAUGUUAUUGGACAUUAUACAUAAUUGAAGGAAUUUUGAUAAAUUUGCCUUAAAAAGAAUUAUUGGAAGAUGUAUAUGCUUGGUUAAUAAGAGAACAUGGAGGUUUAAUUGUAUUGAUUUUAUCAUAACAACGUCAUCACUAAUAUUUAGAAUAAGUUUGUAAAAUAUAUAGUGUAGUCUCUUAAUAUAAUGUUGUCGAUUUCUUUGAUGUUCAAUUAAGAAAAAUAUUGAAAUCUGGUAAAGAGUACAUCGAUUUUAUUAAUGGGAUUAUCUAAACAAUUUAGAUUAGAGAUUAAAUGUAAGAAUUGAAUCUUUUUGAAGUAUUUGCUUCUCAUGCUGUGAAAUUAUUUGAACCUUAACAUACUUCAAUGGAGCGAAUGACAGCUCUCAAAUAUUUUGAACAUUAUUGGAUAUUUUAUCCAUAAUAAUUUGUUAUCAAGUAAAUGGAAUAAUAUUUGUUAAAUUCAAGAAAAGCUACAAGAGAAUCUAGUUUUGCAAUGAGAAUAUUUACUUAUCAAAGUUUAUUUAGAAUUCUAGAUAAUUUAGCUCUCUAAAAAGACAAAUAUGCAGCUUUGUUAUAUAAGAAAUUAGUAUUUUCUCUUAUUGAAAACUUUGAUUAAAAAGAAAUAAGAGAGUUUUUGGUAGCCAAUUUCUUAAUGUUAAUUAGGAAAUACUCUACUAUACCAAUUGAUAUAUUAAUUAUUCCAAUGGUAAAAUAACUAUAAAUUGAAUAAAAUGAAAUAUAAAUUAACAUAGUUGACUUUCAAUUAUUAAAAUCUGUUUGCACUCAUCCAAAAAUUGAUAUUAAUAUGGCUAUUUUAAUGCUAGAUAUGCUAAGUAAAUUAUAUUUAAGUUCUAUCAUGUUUUAUUAAUUGGCUUUUUAAUAAAUAUAAUUAUUACUUACAAGAUUUAUUAAAUCAAAUCCAGUUUAAGAAUUUACAUUUAAUUUAGUUAAAAUUGCAAUAUCAGAAUAUUAUGGCAACUAUUAAGAACAUAUAAAGAGUAAUCCAAAAUCCAUUUUGAAUAGAAACCCAGAUGAAAAUAUCAAAAGAUAAUAAUUUAGAUCUUAAAUUAUAUCUUUAAUUAAAUUUAUUAUCAAUCUUAGAUCCUUUGAAUUGAAUGAAUUGAUUAAACCUGUUAUUGCUCAUUUCUAUUUGGAAAUUUAAUAGGUAUAAUGAAUAAUAAAUAUUUAAUAGAAUUUAAAAACAGAAUCUAAAGCUCUAUUUAUGUUAUUAGGACAUUUUGGUGAUCCAUAAGAAAUUCUUUAGGAAGAAUCAAAAAAAUAAAAACAGAUUAUUUAAUAACCUUAAAACCCUAUCUAUUAAAGUUAAAUUGUAAAAUCUUAAUUGUAGGGAUCAAAAGUAUCCCAAGCCUAGUAAAAUUUACCUUAUUAAAAAUCUAAUAAAGGAAUUAUAUCUUAAAAAGAUGAUCCAUUUAGAGAAUUAAGAGAUGAUGCAAAUAAACCAACUUUGACUAUGCUUGGAAACUUAUCAUUAAAUUUUGAUGAAUAGUCAUUAUUGAAAUAAUUUGAAUUACUUUGA